AUGUCGAGGAAGCCGCCCCUGGCCGUGUCCCACCACGCCCCUCACCCCCUGCAGCCCACGCCUUCUCAUCCGCCACCACCCACGCCGUCACCGUCCACGCCCCGCCGAAGCAAUCUGUCCACCCUAGCCAGCCCGGAGUGUCCCGCCCCUUCCAGCCUGCGCAGCCCGCUCCACCAGCCACCACCUUCCCCAACAGCCCGCCUCGGCCCCUCCGCCCUCCGCUACGCCCAUGCCCGCCCCCAAGCCCGCCCCGACGCCCGCGCCCAGAGUGACGGCCGCGAAGGCUCUCCGCCGCCGCUCGCCACCACCGACUCAGCCACCAACACGGACGCGAAGAGCGUGUCGGACACAAGCACCCAGACGGUCGUGACGCGGAGGUUCCACCGGUCGUCGUCGGUGUCGCGGGAGCCGCAGAAGCCCCCGAUGCACAGGUACAACAGCGAGCCGCAGCUCUACGCCUCCGAGAAGGAGGCCGAGGAGGAGCCGACCAGCAUCACGCCCGAGAAGCCACCGCAGCUCACCGCAUCACACAGCGAGACGCCCGAGCGGACUCCGUGCAACAGGCGGCUGUACGAGCUGCUGCAGCACACGCCCCUGCAGCGCUGCGAGACGCCCACGAGCCGCUCCAACGAGUCAGUGCUGAGCGACGUGUCGUCCCCGACAUGCUUCAACCAGAGCCACAACAUCACCGUUCUGGCCAACGACGACGCCCACCACACGUGCAAGCACAACUGCGAGCACUGCUUCUACAUCUGA